UUUUGCCUUUGAGACGCCGCCUGCCGCUCCGCUGAAAACAAAAUUCGAAAUUUGAAUCAGUCCGCAGCGUGUAUUGUUCGGCGGAGGACGUGUGUUACGGAAUACAAAUACAAACAAUUGAUUUACAAAACUUUUUACGACCGUGUGUAUGUUUUCUUAACUGAUUUAUUUGAACAUGAGAGGAAUUAUUACUGUUUUAUCAAGUUUUGUUAUUGUGACUUUAUGAUGGGGAGGAUUUUGUGUGUUUUUCUCCUGGUCUGGAUGGUCGCUGCUGGCCAGGAGGAGGAGGGUGGGAAAUGCGAGAGGAUCACCCUGUCCCAGUGCCAGGAUCUGGGGUACAAUUGGACCGCUAUGCCCAAUCUCAUUGGCCAUAGAGACCAGAAGGAGGCAGAAGAAGCGAUGACUGCGUUCACGAGCAUCCUUGCGAGCGAAUGCUCGGUGCACGCUCGCUUCCUGCUGUGCUCGGCCUUCGCCCCGCUGUGCUCCGAGCAGGUGUCGGGCUCCGUCAGCGCCUGCCGCGCGCUCUGCGACAAGGUCGUCCGCGACUGCAAGAACCAGAUCGCAGCCCUGCCCGACGGCAUCAAGCUCGACUGCUCCGCCUUCCCGCUCCGCCCGGACUGGCGGCUCUGCAUGCGGCCGCCCAACGCCAGCGAGGAGCCCGAGCCGCCGCCGGUGCCGCGCUGGCCCUUCAACGAGCAAGAUCUGAAAGAACACGCGUGUCCGCCGGGCUACGCGCACUCCCCCACGGGCUCGUGCUGGCCCGCCUGCGAAAAGCCCGCGCGCUACACGCAAGCCAACAAGAGAAAAGCGGAGAUAUGGAUGCUCACGCUCGCCUGGUUCUCUCUGCUCUCCACCUCUUUCGCGCUGCUCACGUUCUGCGCUGAACCGUCGCGGUACCGCUACCCCGAGAGGCCCGUCGUCUGGAUGGCCGCGUGCCACGCUGUCGUCGCGCUCGCCUACGUCACGAGAGGCUGGCUCGGUGCGAAGACCGUCUCCUGCACUGGAAACUUGUUGGCCGUCGACGGAAUGGGAUCGACUAUUUGCGUUGCAUUCUUCUCUCUCACAUACUACUUCACGUUAGCGGCAGACGCAUGGUUCGCGAACGCCUGCGUAGCGUGGUACUUGACCGCUGCGAGCGAGUGGUCCACCGAGGCGUUGGAGCGGGCGGCGGCGUACCUGCACGCGGUGGCGUGGGGCUGGGCGGGGGCGUGGACGGCGGCGGCGUUGGCACUGCGGCGGGUGACGGCGGACGAGCUGACCGGGACCUGCGGCGUGUCGGACGAAGCGGCCGCGGCGCUGAUAGGCGUCCCGCGAGGCGCUCUGCUCAUCACCUCAAUAGCGUUGGCUAUCGGCGCGUGUCCGGGCAUAAUGAGAGUGCGCCGCGCGUUGGACUCGCGAGGAGCGAAGCGAGUGGGACGGUUGGCCGCUCGAGCGGCCGCUGGAGGCCUGCUCUACCUGUUCUUAGCGGCGUGCGCGACCGGCGCGCGCGUGAUUGAAGCCAGAAACAGAGCGGCGCAAAAGAGCUUGCCGCUUCUGGCGGCGAUGGGAGCGGGCAGUCUGGAUGACUCGGCGGGGUCGCGCGCCGUGGCCGUGAGCCUGUGGCUGUGCUGCGGGGUCGCCGCGGGGGCGUGGUCGUGGUCGCGCAAGUCGGCGGUGGUGUGGCGCAAGGCGCUGUGUCCGCCGCGCAAGGCCCCGUGCUGCGCGCCGCCGCUGCUCGGACCCCAUCACCCGUACUAUAAAAGACCUCUGCACGUGUCUAGAGUGUGAUGUUUGUGUGUGUGUCGAACUCUGUAUCUGAUUCUGUGUUACGUCUUAAAGACUAUAAAGUUGUACGAAUGGAAUUUCGAAUUUAAGACAAACUUUAUUCAUUCAUACAUGAGGUUUUUUAAACUUUAGUAGGUAUAACUUAAAUAGUGAAUUUUUGUUCUGAAGUGAGCAAGUAAGAUAAGUGCCUAAAUAUUAUGCCUUCUGUGAAGGCGCUCUCGUACCUAUCUAAUAAGUUGUUGUAAAUGUGUAAAUAUUGUAAAUUUUAUUUGUAAUAAUUAAACUGUUGAUUUUUAUAUAAAAA